AUGAAUUACAAGCUUGUGAUUCUUGCAACCUUCAUGGUGAUCUUGGUGGCGCUGACCCACACCGCCACUCCUAGAACCACCAAGAUCGACAUUGAGGACGGUGUUGCCAUCCCGGGUAAGGGCAAUAAGUAUGACGUAAUUCGGGAGUGUCGCCACUAUCUAUCGACUAGUUGGCCAGACCACUGUGAACAAUUUGUAUCACAGAGUGGUGUUACGAGGUAUUGGGAUAAUGUUAAUGUGAAAAACGUUGUAGGGAUUCAAGAGGAGCGGCCGUUCGAUACGUGUUGUAGUGAGUUGAGAGUUAUGAUGGAUCCGGUAUGCCAAUGUGAGGCCAUGAAAAUGAUGGUGGAAAAGUUUAAGAUUGGACCAGGUGAAAAAUUGGAUAAGGCAAUGGAGCUACCUUUGAGGUGUGGCACCAUGGAAACUAAGUGUACCAUGUAA